GGGUUAGGAGCAGGAGUCAGCCCACAGCAGACGCUUUACACUCAAGGCUUUUAUUGUUAAGAAGCUGAAAAAUAUCCAACAACUUCUCUUGUAGGAAACUUCCAUGCUAAAUAUUGGCACCUCCAGUUCAUCAUUCAGCAAUUUCUGACACUUCAAAGACUCGAGCAGCUCUUUCUGCCUUGAAUUGUCACACCAGACAUCUUCAUCACUCUUUGACCAUGGAUUUCUCCUGGAUCUGCACAGCACGAACUCAGCAGAGCCUGCUCUAGCCUAAGAACGGGCCGAGUCAAGACAAUCAAGAUGACAAACGAGCCUAUCAAAGAGAUCCUGGGCACCCCAAAGCUCCCUGAUUCUGUACCCCCAGAGAAAAGCAACAACAAUGACUGUGUGAUAACCACCAUUCCUCUGGUCAGCGAGUGCCAGCUGACGGCAGCCACGGGGGGAGCCGAGCUCUCCUGCUACCGCUGCACCAUUCCCUUCGGCGUGGUCAUCCUCAUCGCCGGCACCGUGGUCACCGCCGUGGCCUACAUCUUCAACUCCCAUGGCUCCAUCAUCUCCGUCUUUGGCCUGGUCCUCUUGUCCUCAGGACUCGUUCUGCUGGCUUCCAGCGCCGUGUGCUGGAAGAUCAGGCAGCACAAGAAGAAGGCAAAGAGGCGGGAGAGCCAGACGGCGCUCGUGGCGAACCAGCGAACCUUGUUUGGCUAAAGGCAGCCAGGAGAAGGCUGGACAGAAGGCAGAACCUUUGUAAGUCAACUUGGCUAUUUAUCAGUAGGAGAGAUUGCAGGUUUUAAUUUAACUGUGGAAACGAACUGAAAUGGAAAUGGAACGGAUUAAGAAAUACUUGUAGCAACUCUGCAAAUGCUCUCAAUAUAUUUCUUAGUGCAGACUUGGUAGUGAUUCUUUUCAAGACAGAGGAAAACCCAUUUUUCCUUCACAGAAAACUGUGUCACAUAACUGCAACCAUCCUAACUGCAUUCUCCAACAUGCUGAUCGUGUUGGAAAGGGAACGUGUGGGAACUGAGAAAAUAAUUUGAAUUGACUUGAAAUGCCAGAGGUCUCCUUAAAACACUGACAUUUGACCAAGGGAGAAGUCAUAGCAUUUGAAGUGACUACAAGCUUAUGGCCAGAAUAUCUGGGACUUAAACUGUAGCUGGGAAAAAAAAA